AUAACCUCUGAUAAAAUGAAAAAUUUGUAAACAUUGUUUAAUAAACAAUCUAAAUAGUGGUAAACAAAAUGAAAGUUACGUCAGUGCGCGUAAUCAAUCGGAUCCACAAAUGUUGCGUAGACGGUUGUUUAUCUCACCUUUUAACACCAAAACCGGCACUAUUCCGAUUUCCCAAAGAACUGGAAAGAUCAAGACAAUGGGCGGUAAACUGCAACUUCCCAGGCCGAAAAGGAGACGCACUGUUAGCCUCACCUUUAUUCAACACAAGUUACAGAGUUUGUGCCCUGCACUUCGAAGAAAACAUGUUCAUGAACAGUGAAAAGACUAGGCUGCAACUUGAUGCAAUACCCACUUUAAAUUUGCCUUUGUGUCCAAACAAAAUUGAAGUUUGUGAUGAUGAUGAUGAUGAUGAUGAUGAUGAUUCUUCUGAGGAAUCAGAAGUGGAAGAGAUUGAGAAGACUAAAAUACCUAUUGUACUUCUGGACAAGCUUAAGGAAGGAGUUGUACAAGCAGCAUUGGCUGGGUGCACAAUUAGACUAAAAGGGAUUGUGCCCAAAUCAGCCGUGGGCAAAAUUAUUAACACAUCCCAAAAAAAGCCUCCUCAACCAAAGCCUCAAUCUGUUAAUCCUGCAAAACCAUAUACUACCCCUCAGCCAGCCAAACGUCCCUUGUUGCCCAAGCCAACAAUACUCAAACCUAAAGUUACAAAGAUUGAUCCCUGUCCCCCAAAAGUUCACGUCAUCAUGAAACCAACUGAGCCUCCAAUUGUUAAACCAAGUGUAGCAGCAGUACCAUCAAACAUCCACCUAAUUGUGACUCCCAUAUCCACAAUCAAUCCAAAUCUUGUAAAAACAGGGAACCAAACGAAUGUUCCAGCAACUCAAACUUCAAAUAUUAGUUUAAAAAAUGUUAACAAAAUCAUUGACACCAUCAUGACUGCACCAGUUACCCAAAAUGUGCCAGUUGUUGUACCAAUAUCCACAACAAAUUCAAACCUUGUGAAAACAGGGAAUCAAACAAGUGUUGCAAAACCACAGGCUCCAAAUAAGCCCACUAUGCCAGUUAGUCAAAACGUGCCAUUUGUCCCAUCUUCUGAGCCUAUGGUCACUGAUGUUGUAGAAUCUCAACCUUUGGAUACAUUAAGUUAUGGGAACUUUCAGGCGAAGAGAAAAUGCGCCGUGGCUUCGUGUUGGGACAUGAAAUUCAAACGUCACAGGUUCCCACUACACAACAUGCAGUUGUUCAAUUUUUGGCGCGUCCUAACAGGCGACAUGAGCUUGGAGCGAAUGCCGAAAAAUAAAAUAUAUAACUCCAAGGCUAUUUGCAGUAAACAUUUUCAAUAUCACGAGUACGAAAAGAAUGAGACUCUUAAGCCCAAUGUUAUACCCUCAAUUGAUUUACCAGCUAAUAACUAUUUGUUUGGUGAGGACAAUAAGACGUGCAAUUAUUCAACGUGUACGAACAACAGGCACAGGGCCCCAGAAAAUACGUAUUAUUUCAGAAUACCUGACAACAAACAAUUUCAGUGGAGAUUGGGCGCCGGUUUAGUCAACAACUCCACCCCAAAUCAGGAUCUGUUCAUAUGUUCUCAACAUUUCAACCAGUCGGACUUCUACGACCACUGUCCGAAGUUCUUGAAGAAAACAGCUAACGUGAAGAUCGCGUCGUCGACUGCAAGGCCGACGCGAUGCGGCAUCAGCACCUGCACCAACAACACAAACCAUACGCCUCAAGUCUACCCGUAUCCGGACAAUAAAGAAAUGACCAACAUUUGGAUCAGAAACACCGGCAAUUCGGACACCGCAUUUGGCGUGUGCUACUUGCAUUUUGAGCCCAGGAUGUUCAAGGAGUCGAUUAAGGGUGCCCUGAGGGAGGACGCCUUUCCGACCCUCCAAUUGGAUACGAGAUUGGUACAAGAGCCUAUUAUUGACUAUAAUAUCAGCAUAUCAAAUAAACAAACCAUGGUGUGCACAUACAUUGUGUGUGGAUCCACUCAACUUACCCCCAACACGAGGCUAUUUAUGUUUCCCCAAGAUGCCACACUAUGGAGCGAGUGGUGUAGAGCCGCAGGCAAAGGUAAACAGUUCGAGGCGACCCGAAGACCCCAUUUUAUGUCGUUCGCCGUUUGUUCGAAACAUUUUAAAGAUUCUGACUUCUAUAGCGAUAGUAAAAGACUGUUACAUAAAAAGGCAAUACCUAUUCCAUGUGGGAGUAUCGAGGAUGUAUCGAUACCUUCCAGCAGUAAUUCACGAGCCACAGAAAAUGUACUUUCAGAUGUUGAAAUUUUGGAAAACCCAGUUAGUGUCAUUGAUUUGGAGAGUGAAGAAGAACUGAGUGAUUUGGAGUGGAUGGAUGGAACACCUGAUCCUGACAGUACUGAACCGACUUGCACAUUAUUUGACGGUUCAGUAGAUUUUCACGGUUUCCAGAAAAAAGUUAAAGCCAAACCAGUAAAAGGGAAUUUGACUUAUCACAGGCUGAAAUACUACACCAUGCAAAAAGGUUUAGAUGUAGGGUAUGAAGUCCUAAAAGGUCACAAGGUGGGUUCAAAAGGAAUGAAGUUAAAGUACCACACCGCCAUUAUAAUUGAUGACGAUGACGAACAAGAGAAAGCCCUAGUCGCAGAUCUGUCGAAACAUUUCAGAUCAGACCCCCCAGCCAAAUAAAAACAUAAAUUUUAUAUUUAUUUGCUAAUUAAUUAAUUAAUUAAUUCAUGUUAUAAAAUAAAUAUAUAUAUAAACAAUU